AUGAAUGAAAAAGUAAAAUGGAACAACAAGAGAACAAAUAAAAUAUAUGGAAAUAAGUUAAAAGACCUCGAACAACACAAAAAAGACUUUACACUUUUUUAUAUAACCGAUUUAUUAAAUAUAAUUUACAAUACAUAUAAAAAUAUAAAACCGGUUUAUAUUCAUUUUAUAUGUUCAAAAAAGAAUGAAAGCCAUCAUCCUAAAAAAAAUAAUUUAAUUUACUAUACACCUAAUUCUAUUUUAGAGCAAUAUUUUCCUGAGUAUUUUCAAAAUGUUUAUUUUUUAUGUGCUCAUUAUACAAUAUGGGAGAAUAAAAUAACUGAAAAUAAAAAUGAUACAAAUCAGAAUCAUGUUAAUAAAAAUGAUCAUAGUCAAUGCAAAUCCAGUAACUUGAAUGAAAAUGAUACUAAUAAAAAUGAAAAUAAAGAAACUUUUUAUUUUAUUUUUACUUUUUACAUGGAGCCCAACUUUAUAUGGGAAGAAAUUAACAUCCCAAUAUUUCAUGAGAGGGGAUACAUUGAAUGCAAAUUUGAUUCAAUUGAUAAUUUAAUGAAAAUAAAUAGUUUUGUAAACUUGUCAGAUAAUUUAAAAAUAUAUACUUAUAAUAAAACAUUAAUUCAAUAUAUUUUUGAUUUAAGUAAUAAUAAUAAUACAUGUGAUAAUAGAAACAAGGAAGUAUACAACAAUUUCAAAAAUGUGCAUUUGCUGCCAUUUUUUAUCUCAACUGAUUAUUUACAUAAAAAUUGUAAAAUAUGCAAAACAAGAGUAAUAAGUUUUAAUGAGAAAGAUAUAUACUGCAAAAUUGAUGAAGAGGAAAAUCUUCCUAAAAGUAUUUUGUUAUUUAUGAAAAAUAAAUUAAAUAUGAAAUUGAAGAGUAUUGAAAAAGAAGCGGAAAAGGAAGAAAAAGAAAAAGUAAAAAGUUUUAUCAAUCAAAAUAAUAUAAAAAAAAAAGUAAAGAAUUAUAAUGACGAUUAUUUUAUUGGUUUAAAUUACACUAAGGUAAAACGAAUUAUAAAUUAUACUAAUAAUACUUUUGAAAACAAUUUUUCUGAUCAAGAGUUGGAAAAUAUCCUUCUAAGUAUGAAUAAAAAUAAUUCUUUAAAAGAUAAAGAAAAUACGAACUGCAUUAAUAAUAAUAUUAUAAAUAUGCAUUUUGAGUUGAAUGAAUACUACAAUUUUAUACAAAAAAAGAAAAAUCAAUUCAAAAACACAUUAAGUGAUCCUUGGCAACUGGGAAUAGACAAUAAUAUUGAUAAUGAAAAAAAUAUCUUAGAAAAAAAAAAAAACUUUUUUAUAAAUGAUUUUAAAAUUCGUAAGCCUUUUAAUAAAAAAAUAAAAAAAAAAUAA